AUGGCAGAGUUCUUUAAGACAGGAAAUAAACCUCUCUCCAAGCUGGAGGAGAUUAAGGACAAGACAGCCACUGGUCUGUCUCACAUCAUUGAGACCCGGAAGAUUCUGGACCUGAAGAUUGACCUAAAGCCUUCAUACCUGCUGGUGCCUAAGUCUGGCUUCUACCACGCCAAGUCUGACCUGAUGAUCAUAGACUUUGGUAGUCUACAGCUGUUGAGUGUGGACCAGGGAAACCCCAGUCUUUAUCACCCAGUUUCAGUUCCCUGGAGGAGAUUAUGGACCGUGCCUACGAAAGUACUCACUGGAGCUCACGAAGUGUCCCAG